AUGGAGUCCGAAGACCACAAUGCCGAGGAACGCAACGUCGGCACGGCCGUUUGGCAAACUGUCGACGAGAGAGCCGAUGAGAAGGCUAAAGCUAUGCAUGCUGAGACCGAGGACUUUCAUGGAACUGCUGAGAGAGGUCAUGCUGCUACUGACAGAUAUGGUCAAUCUCUUGUUACAUUUGACGUUGCUGCCGAAGCAAAACUACGCCGAAAAAUCGACUUUUGCAUCGUACCAAUUGUCUCUAUCAUGUACCUUUUCACCUUCAUGGACCGUGCGAAUAUCGGAAACGCUAAGCUUGCGGGGUUUGAGAGAGAUCUUCAUUUAGCAGGCUAUGAUUACAACACGAUCAACUCGAUCUUCUCCAUAUCAUAUAUCCUCUUCGAACUUCCUUCCAGUAUGGUCUGUAAAUGGGUGGGACCAGGAUGGUUUAUUCCCACGACUGCUCUCUGCUUAGGGGUCUGCUCAUUAUGCACCGCCUUCGUUCACAAUUUCUCCCAGGCAUGUGCCGUCCGGUUUCUCCUCGGCAUCUUUGAAUCUGGUGUUCUGCCCAGCAUUGCAUAUUAUCUAUCUCGAUGGUAUCGAAGGAGCGAGCUCGUGUUCCGACUGUCUUUAUACGUCGUUAUGGCUCCGCUGGCGGGAGCGUUUGGAGGGCUUUUGGCAUCCGCUAUUCUGCAACUCGAUUCCUUCGGAAGUCUCUAUCGCUGGAGGAUGAUAUUCGCUAUUGAAGGCACAAUCACCUGCGGAAUUGCCCUGGUCGCCUAUGUUAUUCUAACAGAUCGACCCGAGACUGCUCGAUGGCUUACUCAAGAAGAAAAGGAUCUUGCUAUUUCUCGUGUUAAGUCGGAACGCAUUGCCACGACAGAGAUACUCGACAGAUUCGACACCAAGAAAAUUUUACGGGGCAUUUUCAGCCCGGUCACUCUCACUACCGCCACCAUCUUUCUUCUCGACAACGUAACGGUUCAAGGAAUGGUUUUCUUUGCUCCCACGAUUGUGAUGACGAUUUAUCCGCAUGAGUCCGUCGUAUCGCAGCAACUUCACACGGUACCACCCUAUAUGGUGGGUGCCUUUUUCGUGCUCCUCUUUUCUUUUCUAUCAUGGCGAUUCGAUCGUCGGAAUAUCUUCUUUAUUCUCUCGGCACCGAUGAUUGUGACCGGAUAUAUUAUAUUCGUAGCUACUCUGGAUCCUCAUGCCCGAUACGGGGCGACAUUCCUGAUUGCCGCAGGAGGAUUCUCCUUCGGUGCACUCACCAGCGCCCAGGUCGCAGCCAACGUCGUCUCCGACACUGCGAGGUCGACUGCGAUCGGAACCGUUCAUAUCAUGGGUAAUUCUGGUGGAUUGAUUUCCACCUGGAGCUUCCUGCCCACGGAUUCGCCGAGGUACAACAUCGGGAACGGGUUAAACUUGGGCACUUCAUCGAUGGUUCUCAUUCUAGCCCUGGGGCUACAAUACUAUAUGUGGGCAGACAACAAACGCAGGAAAAAGAGAAACGUCGACGCCGAGUUGCAGGGCCUGUCCAUUCAACAGAUUCAGGAUCUCGAUUGGCACCAUCCUGGUUUCCGGUGGAGUCCUUGA